GUGUUUUAAAAGAAUGGAGUCAGCGGUAGUAAGUCGUAAUAUAUAAAGAUAGCAUAAUCAGUUUAGAUCUUUAAUGUCUAAGCGUAACGUUAAGAAUGAUAUUACAAAAAUGUGAAAAAGAUGAAGAAGGCGUAGGGAGGAAGUUGUGAGCAGUAUGAGCUGUGGGGUGUGGAAUGAGGCGGCAGAGGGUUGGCUGAUGUGGUGGAAGAGGAAGCAACGGUACCUCUCAACAGCUAGAAGAUCUGGAAGAAUAUUUGGGUCGUGUGUGACGGGUUGUAAAGGAGGAAAGCGACGAACAGAGACUGUAAGGAGGCACGCAUCCAUGAAACCCGAAGGUGACUCAACGAUGUGACGCUGUAAAUGACGUUGCCAUCACAAUACCGAACAAGAGUGAUUUUAACUAUUUCAAUUGACCUUAGAGGUGCGACACAGUAGUGACCUUAAAAAACACGGAUCCACAUCUAAAGGAUAUCUAACAAAACUUAUACAUUAAAAAAGUGACCACUCAUCAUGGCAGAGGAGGGUUAAAUCCUUAGCCACAUUUCUAUGGGAUUUCAAGUGCAAGUCAGUGUUCGUGUGCCUUAGUGUUAUUGAUUCGAAGUGAGUACAGAAAACAGCUUUAGUGACGAUUUAUGGUAUUGAUGUGGCGUUGUCUUUUGUAAAUUGCUGCUGUUGUCGUCCUUGCUUGAGGUGGUGUGACUCGGCAAGUCAUCAUGGCUCUCCAUUGGGCGAAUCUGACCUGGAUGACGACGGCACUGCUGUGGUGGAUGGCAGCUCAAGGUCAAGUGGCUGCGAAAAAUUCAAGCAGUACAACAUCAUCAAUUCCUACCUCCGUUCUUACUUCACUUCUGGACACCCUUGCCAAGGCCACGGACUCAGAUCAGUGCCCUGGGAAGUGCCUCCAUGCGCUGGCGGCCAUUAUGUGCAACGAGGUGGUGAACGGCGAGGACCUCUGCCCCGACGGAUCAGUGUGUUGCCGUAUCCGCGUUCCUCCAAGUAAACAAAAACCUGUGGAAGACGAGAGUGACAGCGCUACUGACCUGACCACCGAAACAGUCAUUGAGACGACGGUAGUGACGGAAGGAAUCUCCACGUGGGGAGGAGUUAUAGAGGAGGAAGAGAAGGAAGGAUCUCCCACCAUGCGGCCCUCUACCCAGACCACUUCCCUUUCUACAAGACCACUGGAGGAAGAAGAAGACCACUUAACCACAGACAUCCCCACCACAAUUACCACCACAGCAAAGGCACAAGCUUAUGCCCCUUCCAGCACACUCAGCGUGUGUCCUGGUGUAUGUGUGGCAGACAGGAUAUCCUGGCACUGUGAGGCAGCGCUGGAUAUUCCGAAAUUCUGUCGUGAGGGGUUGCGGUGUUGUGUGCCAGGGGAUCUGUUUGCUGCUGUUGACGUACCCCCAAAAGAAUUUGUCCUUCUCAACCCAAAACGGACAGAGGACGGAGAAAAAGAAGGAAAAAGAGGAGAGAAAGAGGAAGUUGAGGUGGAUGAGUCGGUAAAGAAUCAAGAAAAUGAUCAAAUAGAUUUUGUCUCUGCAUCCACGACUACAAGUACUACUAUUUUUGCCACCACUACCACUUCACCCCUUACCACCGUUUACAACCGCCGUCCAUUUCGAACCUCCCCACGCCCCACCCGACCCUCUAACAUUCCCCCUGAACUGAACUGCAAAGGCACCUGUGUUGUGGCUUUCUUUGCUUUCAUCUGCGAUGAAGUAGACCGUUCAGGGUUUUGUCGUGGUUCCAGUCGCUGUUGUGUUUCAAAACGUCAACGUCCUGAGGCAUUACAGAAUAUUCCAGAAAAAGGAUCCACCACUAGAGACACUUCAUCUACUACCAUCGCCAUUACACCACCUACUACCACCACCACACCGUCCACAACUACCAACACCAGGACGUCCACCAUCCAGGUCUGCCCUGGUACUUGCCUGCCUGCGUUGGUGUCUUCCUUUUGCAAUCAGCCAUCUGUUCUGGUAGAAGCAUCGGGUUGCAAAGAAGGCACAGUGUGUUGCGACGACCGGGAGGAAAAAGAGUCCCUUCAACCACCGCCUCCUCCUCGAACCCCACCUCAUCGCCUGCCUUCCCCUCGUCCUCCACCCUCAAAUACAUUUGACAGUAUCACAACCUUUUUAACUGGGCAGUCGCCACACCAUCUCCUACCUAUUGAAGGAAGACCUGUACCACCUCUGCGUCCGCGUCCCACCAUGACAACAAUGACAACAACUACAAUGACCACCACCACCACACAACUACCUACCACUGAGGCACCAGACUUAAGGGAAGAAUGCCCCGGGACCUGCAUCCAGCCGUUCCUUUCUUUCACUUGUUUCGGCAAUGCUGAGAUGACGCAGUUGUUCCGCUGCACCAAAGACAAAACAGAGUGCUGUUCGCCCAAAUCUGCUCUGCGAGACCUGUUGCAUUUUGAGGAAGCGCACAACAUUGCUAGAAAUGACACGGCUUACAUCCCGGUGUAUGAUCCUGUAGUUUAUCCUCCCCCUGGCCCUGAUCUCCAUCAUCAACCGCCUCAUCUCCAUACUUCCUACCAACAGCACCCACAUUAUGAUCUUCCAACAUAUGAGCAACUUUAUGAGCAUGAAGCAUAUGAUCGCUACCCAGAUACCCCUUAUGAACCAGCGUAUGAACAACCCCUACCUCAGCCCUCCUUCGAUGAACUAACAUACCCCCAGACACCAUCUUACGAGCAAUCUUCACAGCCGCAGUACAAUCAACCUCUCCAUGAACAGCAAACUUAUGACCGUCGGCCCUACACACUAGUCCCAAAUAUUUCUGCAGGAAUUCCUCCACAAUAUCUUACUACCACCCGUGCCCCCGUAAGGAAUAAGUAUGUGUGCGGGGUAAAAGGCAAUGAGCGUGAGGCACGCGUGGUAGGAGGGGAAGACUCCUUGGCUGGCGAGUGGUGUUGGCAGGUUGCACUCAUCAAUGCUAAAAACCAGUACUUGUGUGGCGGAGCACUGAUUGGCACACAGUGGGUCCUUACUGCUGCCCACUGCGUUACCAACAUUGUCAGGUCCGGUGAUGCUGUCUAUGUAAGAGUUGGCGAUCACGACCUCACGACCAAGUUUGGUUCUCCUGGGGCCCAAACCCUGCGUGUAGCGACAACUUAUAUCCACCAUAACCAUAAUUCCCAGACGCUGGAUAACGACAUUGCCCUUCUGAAGCUGCACGCACACGCAGACUUGAAUGAAGGAGUGUGUCUGGCAUGUCUACCAGCCAGGGGCGUGAACCAAGUGGCCGGAAGUCGAUGUACUGUGACGGGCUACGGAUAUAUGGGAGAAAAAGGCCCAAUCCCUCUACGAGUACGUGAAGCAGAAAUGCCCGUAGUAUCAGACAACGAGUGCGUGAGGAAAAUCAACGCUGUGACUGAAAAAAUCUUUAUACUCCCAGCAUCCUCCUUCUGCGCGGGUGGUGAGAAGGGACACGACGCCUGCCAGGGUGAUGGUGGGGGUCCCCUUGUGUGCAAGGUAGAUGGUUACUACGAGCUUAGCGGGCUUGUGUCGUGGGGCUUCGGCUGCGGCAGAAAAGACGUCCCUGGUGUAUACGUAAAAGUGUCAUCUUUCAUUGGCUGGAUCAAUCAGAUUAUCUCAGUUAACAAUAUGUGACCACAUUCAAUUUCUUCUGCCACACACACACACACACACACACACACACAGUUGAUUGUUCAAGGGGCCGAGUUUCUGUUGGCUGCCAUGACUGGCAUAGGUUUCAACCCGGCAAGUGGACAGUCCCCUCUGGAUUUUUUUUCGCUAACAAGCUGAAUGGUUGCUGUCUUCCUUGAGAAGGGGAUAAUGUUUGUAGUGAAUGAGGUCACAAUUUUAACCGAAGAUUGAUAACAAUGAAAUCUGAGCUCGCACUGAGAGGUUAACGGUUAAAUUCUCAUGUGGCUACUCUGAUCAGGUCUUGGUGAACACACACACACACACACACACAAUAGGAUAGUACCCAAACUCGCGUUUUGAUUGCCAGAUUCAUCAGAUAUCGAAAUAUUUCACAGAAAAUAGGUUAAACUGGAUAUCGUAUAUUUUUGGAUAUUCUACUAUCACAUACAGAUAUAAUAAAAUAAAUUAGGUAUUUUUAACGCCUUAGUAUUUUUUUCUUACUAUAUCAAGCUAUGGGACAAAAAUUUCUUAGUUAAUUAAUUAAUAACUCAGAGUUAGUAGGUAUGAUAUUUUCUUUCCUUCUAGACUAGAAAGUAGACCACAAGAAACCAUGAACAUAUGAAGCCCAGUAUAUGAGUUUUUCAUAAAUUAGAAAUCAAAGUCUGAAAAUAAGACUGAUUAUUUCCAACCAAUUCCUUCUGCAUAGACGUGUUCGACGCUACAGAGACUUAACAGAGACCUAGCUAAUGGACAGUGGCCAUCCUGACUAAUUAUUUUUAGUCUAAAAGCAUACCAUGUUCAGGCUAUGCUAGGACACAGCUUAGGAACACGGUGAUAAAAGUACUCAUAAAAAAAAAACUGAACAAAAA